AACAAUAGUAGUGGCAAUAUUGUAAAUAGUCAAGUCAGCAACAGUCAACCGCAGCCGCCGACGCAGUCUCUGCAACAGCAGCAUCAACAGCAGCGUAGUCAUGAUUCGUCCGUCGUCAUUGUUGGGGGCUCUGGUUCGGCAUCAUCAAAGCCCGUUGCCGCCGCUGUCAAAGAGUUUAUAUUGGGAAGUCCUUCGAAGGACCCAACAACGAAAUCAAAGCCUUUGUCGCAAUUCACAAAAACAACCACAACAACAAGUCAAGUGCAAUCGGUGACAGCAACAACACCAACUUCUAAUUCACAAUACAACAGCUGCAAUAGUAGUCCAGUAUCGACACCAACUUCUGCAGCAGAAGCAGCAAAUACUCAAACGUCAUCAGGAACAACGACCUCGUCGACGACACAAAAUCCACCUCGUAGGGCAUCAUAUACGAAUGUGGCAUCCACACCAGCAACACAAACACAAACAACAACAACAAAAUCAACUGCGGUCGGUAGCAGUGGCAGAUACGAUGAGUUACUCGAAUGGAAGGACAUGCCCAAAUAUCUACAAUUCAAUCCGUACGUCAUAAAUGGAUACCGUCCAUUGACAACGUUCAAAGGAUGUUUGUUGAGCUUGUUUUAUUGGCACAACGAAACUAUCAACAUUCUGACGCACGCAAUACCUAUUUUCUACAUCCUAGCAGUGGUUCCGGGCCUAAUGCCUUGGGAGAAUGGAUAUCGGUUUUUAUCAUUCUGCCAUGUUUUCGGCUCGCUUGCUCCUUGGUGCGGAAGUUUUGUCUACCACCUGUUUAUGAACAUCGAGAAGGGUGAGGAUGUCUAUUAUCGUUUGCUGAAAUUGGAUAUGGUCGGGAUUUGGGUCAGCCAAAGUUUUGGUGCUCUACCACUGGUGACAGCAACUACUCUUUGCUUUACAUUUAAGUGGAAAUGGUGUAUUAUCAUUUCAUACUGUUUACUCUCCUUAUGGGGUCUUUAUAAAGCACUAACAGCAAGUUCACCAUGGCAGAGACGUCUUUGUUUUGCUUUGCCAUUUACAAUGAGAUCAAUUCUAACAUUUUUACGAACAAUCGGAAUAGUGGGCAGCAAUCGAAUCGCAAUGUCUCACGUAUAUCUACAGGAUGGAGUAUCCAUAUUAGGUGGUGCAAUUGGUGCUAUGAGAAUUCCUGAAAAAUGGUUCCCUGGUCUGGUUGACUAUUAUUUAAACUCACACAAUAUAAUGCAUGUCCUAGUUGUUGUUGCUGUCUAUUCUAUGCAUCAGGCCACGGUAAGAGAACUUGCAUGGAUGUCAACAGCACAAUGUGGUGGUUCAAUAAAUGCAACAAACGAAAUAAUAGAUUCAACAUCUUCACUAGAUGCAAAUGCAGAACUUUGACCUUUUAAAUUAAUAACUCACUCGAAUUAUUAUCAAAAACUUUUGUAUUUUAUUAGUUUUUAAAAUAAACACAAAUAAAAAUAAAACUUAAAAGAAAUUAUAAAGCUAAAAAAUUAAAAAAAUAUAAAACACAACUUCCAAUUCUAACUUGAAUCUUUAAUGAAUUAUUUUAAUUUAGGCCAAUACACACUGCAUACUAAAAAAAUCAAGUAUUAAAUUUAUAUGAAAAUUAAAACAAUAGCUAAAUUCACCAAAAUAAAUAUUAUUUUCUUGAAUUAUUGCAAGAAUCAAUUAUUUUAACAUAAAUACAAAAAAAAAUAUGUCUACUAUUUUAUGCUAUUCAAAAGAAAAAUACAGCAUUAUUAAGAAAAAUAAAACAAUUCUCUUCGACUGUGGUAUUAUAUAUUAAGAAAUAAUAAUUAAAAAAAAAACGUAUAAUUUACAAAAAUAAAUAAAUUAUUGAGAAAAAUAUGCGUUCAAAAAUAUAUCGGACAAACCAAAAACAAAAAAAUGAAGUAACACUCGUUAACCACAUAAAACAAUAAACAAUAUUACUUUUCGAAAAUAGACGUUUUAAGAUUUAAACAAAAAAUAGCAAACAUAAAAGUUGAAAAGAAAAUUUACAGUUCUGCGCAAUGAAUAAUGUAAAUAAAAUAAAAAUUCUGAAAAUUUAAAGAAAUAAAAUAAAUAUAACAAUUCUUUAGACUCUAAGCUUUUGAAAUCUUUUUCUCAAAAAGGGGGAACGAACCCAAGAUUGAUUGUUAUUAUUUUUUGGUUUAGCUUAAGUUUUAAAAUUUGUGCAAUAUUUAAUGAAAUUUGUUUUUUUUAAUUUAUUUCAAUUCAAUAGAAAACCUUUAGGUUUGAAAAUUAAAGUCAAUUAAAAUGAAUACAUGAUUGAUUUGUCUUUAGAAAAGUUACUUACUUUCAUACUUAACAUUAAUAAUUAAUUUCUGUUUGUAUGUUUUUGUUCUCAAUUAUUGGCGAACUGACUUAAACUCUAUUUAUGUUUAAUUUAAAUCUUAUUUUCUAUAAUACCUAAUCCAUUUUGAAACUUUAAAUAUACUAAAGCACAUUACUUUUAUCAAUUAAUCAUUAUAAAUAAAAUAUAGAUCGCAAUAAUUUCAAUAAACAUUUUGCGUACGCAAAACUAUACUUAGCAUCUCUCUUUGCUAUAAGAAUGACCACUUCAGUGAUAUUGUUAAAUAAAUAUUAAAACAUAAAUAAAAGAAUAAGCAUUCUAGCUUACUACUUUAAUAAACCUAUAAUUGUAAUAAUUAUUAUCUUAGUCUAAGAAUAUUGUUAAAGGAAACAAAAUUCAUUUUGAAUUUUCAUGGUUGGAAGUUUAGUCAAUUUUAAAAGUAAUGUACAAACAAAAUGCUUAUCGUUCGUUCUUCCUUAUUCUUAAAAUAAAACAAAAACAUUUACUGAAAAUAGUAAGAUAAAUGCUAAAUUAAUAAACUUCAACUUAAAUAAAUAAAUACAAAAUCUCUAAGCUCUAUUACUUACUCUAGGCAAAUUUAUUUAAAAUUAUAAAUUUAUUUCACUAUCGAAAUUUCUUGUACCUUUUAAUGAAUAAAAACCAAAAAAAAACAUCUCUGUACCUUUUGUGAAUUUUUUUAAAUUCAAAUUUAUCACAUAAUAUUUUAACUUAGUAAAUCUAUUUUUCUUUUUUAAUUUAAAAUAUUAUUUAUGUUUAGAAAAAAAGAAACAAAUACCUAUCUGUAUUAAUUUUUAUGAUUAAAAAAGCAAAUAGAAAAUUUUCACUCAGGUAAUGAUUGCUUUUUAUAAUAUUGUAUAACAACAAAAAGAAAAUAUUGUUUGUAAAAUUAUAAGUAAACCCUACUUACUUAUAAUAUAAAAAUAAUAAAUAAAGAAUAUCGCUUUGGAUUGUUAUAUAAUUCACAUUACCGAUAGAAAUACAUAAAAUAUAGGUACAUAAUGUUUACCUUAUGUAGAGAGGAAAACCAAAAAAAAAUGAAUUAUUUAAAAAUUAUAACAAUUAUUAGAUUUAAAAGAAGAAAACAAAAAUACAAUUAAAAUAUGUGGCAAUUUGGCUGUUUUAAAGAAAAUUAUGUAGAUAUUAGCGUUCUUAAGAAAUCGUAUUAAAAAUAAAAUUCGAGCGAAAAAAUCUAAAAAAAAAUCUGUAUUUAAUUUUUGAUUUAGUUUUAAAAUUUUAUUUUCUGUUUAUUUUUUUUUAAGUUUUUGUAACUGCUAAAAUUUUAAGUUUCUUUAAAUAAUAUAAAACAGAAAAUAAAAGCCUAAAUAAAGAUGAGAUGAUUAGUUUGCUUAACUACUACUAAUUUUAUUUGAAAUAUUUAAAUAAAUGAAAUAAAUAAAUCGAUAAUAAAAUAAAUAAUA